GGCUGCUAAGAAGAGAAAGAAGAGGGGAAGACCUCCGCAAGGGGUGGUGGGCUGGGAGAAGAUGCGGUCCUACAACGUGCUGGAUGCUACCGUGGUGGAUGUGGAGAAGAGGAGGAAUCCUUCCAAGCACUAUGUGUAUAUCAUCAAUGUAUCGUGGUCAGACUCUACUUCCCAGAUCAUCUAUCGGCGGUACAGCAAGUUCUUUGACCUUCAGAUGCAGCUUCUGGAUAAAUUUCCCAUCGAAGGUGGCCAGAAAGACCCCAAGCAGAGAAUCAUCCCCUUCCUGCCAGGUAAAAUCCUGUUCCGUAGAAGCCACAUUCGGGAUGUAGCUGUGAAGAGGCUGAAGCCCAUUGAUGAAUAUUGCAGGGCUCUUGUUCGACUUCCUCCACACAUCUCCCAGUGUGAUGACGUCUUUCGCUUCUUCGAGGCUCGGCCUGAAGAUGUAAAUCCCCCAAAAGAGGACUAUGGGAGCACCAAGAGGAAAUCAGUGUGGAUGUCCAGUUGGACUGAGUCUCCAAAGAAGGACUUCACAGGUGCUGACGCCAGCUCAGAACCCAUGAUCCUGGAGCAGUACGUGGUGGUGUCCAACUAUGAGAAGCAGGAGAACUCUGAGCUCAGUCUUCAGGCCGGGGAAGUGGUGGACGUAAUAGAGAAAAAUGAAAGCGGUUGGUGGUUCGUGAGUACAUCUGAGGAGCAAGGCUGGGUUCCUGCCACAUAUCUGGAGUCCCAAAAUGGUACCCGAGAUGACUCCGAUAUCAACACAUCGAAAGCCGGCGAAGUUUCUAAGAGACGCAAGGCUCAUCUUCGGCGCCUGGACCGGCGAUGGACUCUGGGCGGGAUAGUCAACAGACAGCAGAGUCGAGAAGAAAAGUAUGUCACCAUCCAGCCGUACACCAGCCAAAGCAAAGAUGAAAUCGGGUUUGAGAAAGGGGUCACAGUGGAGGUCAUCCAGAAGAACCUGGAAGGAUGGUGGUAUAUAAGGUACUUGGGGAAAGAGGGCUGGGCGCCAGCAUCAUACCUCAAAAAAGCUAAGGAUGACCUCCCAGCUAGAAAAAAGAACUUGACGGGGCCCGUGGAGAUCAUCGGAAACAUCAUGGAGAUCAGCAACCUGCUCAACAAGAAAACAUCUGGCGAUAAGGAGACCCAAGCGGACAAUGAAACUGCCGACUCCCACAUCACCAAGAAGGAGAUCAGCCUGCCCAUCCUCUGCAAUGACUCCAACGGCAAUGCCAUGACGCCGGACAAGCCGGGCUCGAAGCUGGCCCAGGGCUCCCCAGCGGUGGCCAGAAUUGCUCCACAGAGAGCACAAAUAAGUUCCCCAAAUCUACGAAUGAGGCCUCCUCCCCGGAGAGAGUCCAGCCUGGGAUUCCAGCUUCCCAAGCCCCCCGAGCCCCCUUCCGUGGAGGUGGAGUACUAUACCAUCGCAGAAUUCCAGUCCUGCAUCUCUGAUGGAAUCAGUUUCCGGGGCGGACAGAAGGCGGAGGUGAUCGAUAAAAACUCCGGCGGCUGGUGGUACGUCCAGAUCGGCGAGAAAGAGGGUUGGGCCCCAGCCUCUUACAUCGACAAGAGGAAAAAGCCCAACGUGAACAGGAGGACCAGCACUCUCACCCGGCCCAAGGUCCCGCCCCCGGCCCCACCCAGCAAGUCCAAGGAGGCCGAGGAGGGGGCGGCUCCCGGCGCCCCAGAGGCCCUGGACGCCCUGCCCAAGCCCAGGUACGAGGAGCCGGAGUACGACAUCCCCGCCUUUGGAGGGGAUUCCGAGGCCGAGGGGCCGGAGGGGCCCCCCGAAGACGGACCGGCCGAGCAGCGCCCAUCCCCGGCCCCAAGGCCCUCCCCCGCGUCCUCCCUCCAGCGAGCCAGGUUCCGAGUGGGAGAGUCCGCCGAGGAUGUGGCGCUGGAAGAGGAGACCAUCUACGAGAACGAGGGCUUCCGGCCGUACGGCGAGGACCGAGAGUCCAGCGGGGACUCGGACUCCCAGAAAAGCACCUCGCUGUCUCUCCUCAGGAAGAACUCUCCCACAUCCAGUUCCCCGAAGCCCUCCCUCUUGAAACCGCAGGCUGAAAAGCUCACCCAGCCAGGGUUGGGCAAGACUCACUCGGCAUCGUCCUUCUGCAGCAUCUCCACGUCGGCCUCCACUCCCACCCCCACGCCCUUUUCCCCUAAGAGCAGGGAGAUGAAACCCAGGUCGGCCUCUGACGUGGGGCUCCGCGGCGGAGCCAAGAGCGGCGGGAAGAAGGAGGCCGAGCCGAGAGCUCCGGCGGGCUCCUCUGCCCGGGCAAAGCCAUCGGUGAGGCCCAAGCCCUUCCUGAGCAAGGCAGAGUCCCAGAGCCAGGAGAAGAUGGACAUCAGCACGUUGCGGCGGCAGCUCCGGCCCACCGGGCAACUCAAGGGUGGGCUCACGGGCUCCAGGAGCGAGGAAUCAGCGAGCCCCCCGCCGACGGCCCGCGAACGGCCCGGGGAGAGCCGGCGGAGGGGCUCAGCCGACCUCAUCCGCCCGCCCGCCCGCCUCUGCUCCAGCGGCCGGCCGGGGAGUGAGCGGGACCAGGCGGGCGGGGAUGCCUAUGUGACCUGUGACUCCUAUCAGAAGGUCCAGGAUUCUGAGAUCAGUUUUCCCGCUGGCGUGGAGGUGGAAGUCUUGGAGAAGCAGGAUGGCGGAUGGUGGUUCGUGAAGAUUGGAGAGCAGGAGGGCUGGGCCCCUUCCCACUUCCUCGUGCUCGAGGAGAACCGGCCCCGGGAGACGACCCCUGCCCGCGAGACUGGUCUGCCCCCGGCUCCCAGCGGGAAGGACAACGAAGGCCGAUCCAACAGCCUGGAGAAGAUCGAGAAGAGAGUUCAGGCGCUGAACACCAUCAAUCAGAGCAAGAGAGCCAUGCCUCCCAUCCCGUCCAAGCCUCCCGGGGGCUUCUCCAAGACCUCGGUGAAGAUGAGGAACGGCGUGAGGCAGCUAGCGGUCAGGCCUCAGUCCGUGUUCGUCUCGCCACCCCUGCCCAAGGACAAUGCCACGGCCCGCGCUCUCCGGCGCAAUGAGUCCCUGAUGGCCGGUGACCCACUGCGGGCUGUCCGCCGUAACGCCUCCUUCAGCACCACACGCUCCCCGGCUGGAAACACCGGAGGUGGGUCAGGGGAGCGGGCCGGACCGGGGGGCCCUGAGCCCCCGGUCCCGGCCUCCCGGCGUGAGGGCGUCCCCGUGUCUGCCGUGCGGCCCAAGCCCAUCGAGAAGGGCCAGUUCAUCCACAACAACCUCAAAGAUGUCUAUGUCUCCAUCGCGGACUACGAAGGCGAUGAGGAGACGGCGGGAUUCCAGGAAGGCGUGUCCAUGGAAGUGCUGGAGAGGAACCCCAACGGCUGGUGGUACUGUCAGAUCAUGGACGGUGGAAAGCCCUUCAGGGGAUGGGUACCCUCCAACUAUCUGGAGAAAAAGAAUUAGCCUUGGCUAGUGGAACUCU